CAUAACGCCUCACCGCAUGAUGACCAGGUGGGCACUGGUGGUGUUUAUGGUCCUGAUGUUGGAUAGGGUCCCAGGAACCCCUAUCCCCACCUUCCAGCUCCUCCCUCAGAACUAUCCGGAGACAACUCCCAGCUCUGUGUCCUCAGAGAGCCCCUCAGAUACCACCACUGGGCCCUCAGCUUCCUGGAGCAACUCUAAAGCCAGCCCUUACCUGGACACCCGUGUCAUACUCUCCCUGGAUGUCCCCAUUGGCCUCCUGCGGAUCUUACUGGAACAGGCUCGGAACAAGGCUGCCAGGAAUCAGGCUGCUACUAAUGCCCAAAUACUAGCCCGUGUUGGCCGCCGCUGAGACUGGGGAAGGGGUCAUAAAGAUGGGGUGACCUUGGAUGAGAAGUUCUGGAGGACAGCCACAAAGCCGGACAGUAGGCCAAGAGCAUACACAGAGAUCGCCGUAGUGGAUCACUGCCAUAGCUUCCAAGUAUCUACAGUGUGUUUAGGCAGCUUGGCCAUAUAGUGUCUUGCCAUGUUUCUGAGCCCCUCACGCCCCUCACACUUAAUAAUAUGUUUGGGCAUCUUGGACACUAGCAUGUAUGUUCAAUAUGUAGAAUCUUGUCGUGCCUAGCUGUGUCUGGCUUUCACAGAGCAUCUAGAUACCACCACGUGAGCUCCAUCAUUAAAGGUAAAGGAGACCCCAGUGUUGCACCUGAGAUCCACCUAAGGCCCAUAGGCCUGGGCCUCCCACCUGAGGCUGCUACACCAGAGACUGCUGCGGGCGAGGGUCACGUGCUUGUUCUGUGGUUUUGCUUUUGUUUUUAAAGACAGUCUUGCAAUGGAAUCCUCGAAUGUCCUAGAACUUGCUAAUAGCAAUCCUUCUGCCUCA